AUGAAGUCUCUUGCACUACUACCGGCUUUCUUUGCUUCGGCAUUGGCUGCCGCUGUCCACCCCCCGAAGGUGUCUUAUGAUGGAUACAAGGUCUUCCGACUAGCUGUCGAAGGCGACAAUAUUCAUCGUAUUAAUGGCGUUAUUGAUAAGUUGAAUCUUCAGACGUGGAAGUCUGCUGAGAAAACAGGCUCCUUCACAGAUAUCGUUGUCGAGCCUAGCCAGCUGGAAGCUUUCAAUAAAGAGACAUUCGGUCUGAAGACCAUCGUCAUGCACGAGAAUCUCGGUGCCUCAAUUGCGGAAGAAGCUGCUUUCCAGCCCUACGCUGUUGGUGCCGUCAACAGCACAUGGUUCAGCUCAUACCAUGCCUAUGCAGACCACCUUCAGUUCCUCACAGAUCUGCACACACAGUUUCCCAACACUUCGGAGAUUGUCACCUCUGGCAACUCCUUGAACGGUAAUCCCAUUACUGGCAUUCACUUCUGGGGGAGCGGAGGUAAAGGUGCGAAUCCGGCCGUCAUCUUGCACGGAACUGUUCAUGCUAGAGAAUGGAUUGCUACCAUGGUUGUCGAAUACUUUGCCUAUACUCUCCUAACAAGCACCGACGCUACAACAAAGAGCUUUCUGAACAAAUAUGACUUUUACGUCUUCCCAGUAGUGAACCCUGAUGGAUUCUUAUAUACCCAGACCAGCGACCGUCUGUGGCGUAAGAACCGCCAAACAAAUUCUGGAAGCUCAUGUGUCGGUCGUGAUAUCAACCGGAACUGGAACUACAUGUGGGAUGUUCCUGGAGGCGCAUCCACCGAUCCCUGUGCCGAGGAUUACAAAGGUGUUAGUGCGGGCGACACUGUCGAGUUCAAGGCUCUGUCUUCAUACAUCCAAGGUAUCAAGAAUGCGCAAGGCCUCAAGUUAUAUAUCGACUAUCACUCUUACUCUCAACUCUUCAUGACUCCCUAUGGAUACUCUUGCGACGCCGUCGCUCCCAACGAUAGCGAGCUGCAAUCUCUCGCCAAGGGCGCUGUUGCCGCCAUUAGGGCCGUCCAUGGAACGUCGUUUGCUUACGGCCCCAUCUGCUCGACUAUCUACCAAGCCACUGGUUCCAGCGUUGACUAUGUGAAUGAUGUCAUCGGAUCGGACUAUACCUUUACUUCUGAGCUUCGAGAUACUGGCAGAUACGGCUUCGUCCUUCCCGCUAGCCAGAUCCAACCCAGCGGAGAGGAAGCAUAUGCAGGCUUGAAGUAUUUGCUACAGAACAUGAAAUAG